GCCAGAGGCGCUCAGACACACAGCCGGGAGCACGGCGCUGGAGGGUCCUGUGCUGGGGUGGGAGGAACAGGAGGAAAAAGAGAGGAGGAGGAGGAGGAGGAGGAGAAAGGAGAAGCGGAGGAGGAAAAGGAAGGCAACCGCGAGGGGAGAGGAACAGGCACCGUGGAAAUGGCUGCUGGGGAGGCUGCGUUCCUGCCUGCCAACCUCACCUCCGUCAACCAGAGCGGCUGCAACGUGCACAACCACCACUUCUCAGCCAAAGUCACCUUCUCCCUCUUCUACACCACCCUGCUGGUGUUCGGCGCCUGCGGGAACAUACUGGCCCUCUGCAUCACCUUCCAGCGCAGGAAGAAGAAGCUCAACUCCACCGACCUCUACCUGGUGAACCUGGCCCUGUCCGACGCCCUCUUCACGCUGGCGCUGCCGGGCAGGAUCGCCUACUUCGUCCUGGAGUUUAACUGGCCCUUCGGGGACUGGUUCUGCCGGGCCACCGCCUUCGUUUUCUACAUGAACACCUAUGUGGGCAUCUACUUCAUGACCUGCGUGAGCGUGGACCGCUACGUCGCUGUUGUGCGCACCAGGCACCCCGGCAGGAUCCGGAGGAUGAGCCGUGCCAGGGCCGUCUGCGUCCUCAUCUGGUUCCUGGUGUUCCUGCAGACGGCGCCGCUGCUCCUGCGGCCCAUGACGCGGAGGAUGGGGGACAAGCUGACGUGCAUGGAGUACUUCAACUUCGAGGAGAUUCCCAAGCUGCCCUACCUGCUGCUGGUGGCCUGCGUGCUCGGCUUCUUCCUGCCCGUGGGCAUCAUCUUGGUGUGCUACGUGCAGAUCAACCUCAAGCUCUGCCAGACCGCCAAGGAGAACCCGCUGACGGUGAAGAACGGGCACCACCGCCGGGCCUUCACCGUCAUCCUGGUGGUGCUGCUGGCCGUCCUGCUCUGCUUCAGCCCCUACCACCUCAACAUCGUCCAGUUCAUGGUCAGGAAGAUCCUCUACCAGCCGUCCUGUCGUGAGCAGCAAGCCUUCAAGAUGUCCCUGCAAAUCACGGUGGCCUUCAUGAACCUCAACUGCUGCAUUGACCCCAUCAUCUACUUCUUCGCCUUCCGGGGCUACAAGCGGAGGCUGCUCCGCAUCUUCAGGAACAGUGGCUCCAUGGCCACCUCCUCCACUGUCAAGACCCCCUCCGAGAGCAACAGCAACAGCCAGCCCCAGGGCUCCAGCUCCGUCUAGCGGCACGACCCCUCCCUUUCUCUCCAGCUGGCAGCGUACGGACCAUGCCCCAUAGCAGGACCCACUCUGGCAGAGCCUCACCAGCCAUACUUCUGCUCUGUGGGGCAUGGGGCCACC